AUGGCGGAUGAUGGAGAAGCUCGGCCGGGCGAUGACGUUCGCAGGGCUGCAACACCAAUGCAACCCGCCAAAGCUCCCCACGACACCGCAUCCACCCUCGGCCCCAAACACAACACGUCGUCCUCCCGCGCCCCCGACCCUCCGGCAAUGGCGUCCACGACAGCAGCGAAGCCCAAGCGCGGCCCCACCGUGCUCGUCACCGACGCCCGCGAAAUCGCCCAGCAGCAACGCCCGCCCAUGGUGCCGCGCACCUCGACCACGCGCCUGAUCAGCGUCGACAACGUCCUCCAGUACGCCUCCGAGAUCCCCUCGGGCCAGCGGCGCGGCCCGGUCCCGGAGCGCCCGCGCCACACGCGCACGCCGUCGGGCAGGCAUCCGCUCGAGCCCAAGCUGAGCGGCCGCCUGGCGCCGCAGUACAUGCCGUCGCGGUCGAGCAAGGUCAGCGAGAAGCUGGUGCUGCUGCCCGAGGCCGACGAGGACGACCUGAACGAGGACGACCUGCUCGAAGGCUUCAGGGCCGACGAGGACCAAGGCCCGCCCGACGACAACGAGCUCGAGCGCAUCCGCAGCGAGCGCGCCGGCGUCAAGGAGAAGUCGUACGCCGAGCGCCUGCCCAAGGCCCGCCGCGCCGAGAAGCUGGCCCGCGUCACGGCCUACUGCACCGCCCAGUCCUACAAGCUGCGCGCCACGGCCGAUUUCGUCAAGAGCCAGCACGCCGCCCGCACCAAGCUGUACGACGAUUGCUUGUACACCGUUUACCAUCUGCCCCUGCUGGGCGGCCAUGACGGCUACCGCGUCCGCAGCAGUCCGGUCUUGAAGAGCCCUGGCGGAAAGAGCGUGCUCGACGAGGAGAUUGAGCGGAACGAGAACAGGGAGUACCACGAGGGCUACUUCGGGGACAAUGAGCGCUACGGCAUAAGAGCCCAUGAGGAGGGAGAGUCCCCCAGCCAAAGCCCUCGCAACGGCAGCGUGUCGAGGACGUCCGAAGACAUGUAUGAGUCUCCACGCUCUCCACAUCGAGACGGUUCGCAGCGCUCAAUGUCGCCGCCGAGGAUCGCUCCCGACGCCCUCGGCUUCGGCGAAAUGUUCGUUUAUUCUUACGGCGUCGUCGUCUUCUGGAACUUCACCGAACGCCAGGAGAAGGACAUUCUGGCCGACCUCACUUUCUCGCAGUCCAUCACCAACGUGCCUCUGGUCACGCGACCGCAGCAGGAGGAGGACUUUGAGACCGAAGAGUUCCACUUCGAAUACAACCCUAACAUCAGCAGGCCCCGCGUCUACAACGACAUGAUCACACUGCGGAGCGGAGAUCAUAUGAUCAAGUUGGCCAUGAGCCAUGCCAUCGCCCAGAGCACCAAGCUGUCUUUCUUCGAGGAAAGGAUGGCCCAGAUCAUGAUCAAGGCGCAGUACGUACCACGCCGCCUGGCCCUCACCGGAAAGCUGGGCAUGCAGCGUGAGGAAGUCGUCAGCAUGUUGGGACAGUUGUUCGCCAGCAGAGUAGAUGUCAACCUUUCGUCGAACAUGCUCGACGUCCCCAACUUCUUCUGGGAAUCCGAACCCACGCUGCACCCGCUCUACGCCGCCAUCCGCGAGUAUCUCGAGAUCAAGCCCCGCAUCCAAGUCCUCAACGAGCGCUGCCGAGUCUUCCUCGACCUCGCCGAGAUCCUAAGCGACUCCAUUGCCGACAAGAAAAUGACCCGCAUCACCUGGAUCAUCAUCAUCCUCAUCAUCCUCUCCAUCCUCGUCACCUGCUCCGAAGUCUUCCUCCGCUUCGGCAUCCUCACCCAGGGCAAGAAGAAGGAAGCUUCGGACGCGAACGCCUUUAUGGUGGGUGGUCGUGGCGUGCCCUUGCCCAUGUGCUCGCCGCGAGAGGAUCUGCUAUAG